UCCAUCCAUCAUUCUGACGCAUAAAAGACAUAAUAUAUCAAAAGCUGGACGUGCAAUUGUUUUCUGAUAAAUGACAUAUUGGUGGUAAGCGCGCAUCUUUAUAGAUUACGUUAUAUGUGCAGCGCCGCUCAGAGAAAGACUUAUUACAAGCGCAGCAGAAAGAGGAAAAAAAGAGAGGUAUCCAACACAAGAACACGUGUUCAUUCCUCCCCCACCUCUCGGCUUACCACCCUCUCCGAGAAGUUUCUCUUAUUUGUCGGGGCUGGAGAUGGAGUUUGAGAACGCGCAGUGCGCACAAGCCGAGAACAGUGAGACGACGAACCGCAGCAGCAGUGGCAGAUAAAAGAUCUCGGAUGCGAGGAACUUGGGUAGGAUUCUUAGGGCGUCAACCUGCCAGCAUCUUAUCAAACUGGUGUGAUACACCUGGGGAAACGGGAGGAGCGCAUGAAGGUGGAGGAGGAGGGUGCCAACGCACAAGUGCCAUACUGCGCCAAUCUUAGAUAGCAAACCACUCAGAUCGAUGUUUUUGCACGUUUAAUAGAGUAGAUAAGUCUCGUUAAGAUAUGCGGAUUUGGAGACGGGAAGGGUUUCUGCAUCGGUCUGUCCCAAAAGAAGCGCGCGGUUAUUAAGAGGCGCACGGAGGAAACUCCUGCGGCAAGAUUACAAAGCUCUCUCCCAAUUGUGACUUUUUCAAUGGUCUCAUCAGAAAUGCGUUGAAGUGUGAAGAAACCCGAAAAAAGAAACGGUUUUGUAAGAACGAAAAUAUUUUCGUGAAUUCGGGAUAACUUCAGUGGUGAGGAUGUCUGCGUUGCGCAAAAAAUUUGGGGAUGAUUACCAAGUGGUGACGACUUCGUCCAGCGGCGGCGGGUUCAACCAAGCGGCCCCCGAGAAGAAAAAGAAACGUCAGCGCUUUGUGGACAAGAACGGCCGAUGUAACGUCCAGCACGGGAACCUGGGGGGUGAAACCAGCCGGUACCUGUCGGACCUGUUCACCACGCUCGUGGACCUCAAAUGGCGCUGGAAUCUAUUCAUCUUUAUCCUUACCUACACGGUGGCGUGGCUCUUCAUGGCCUCGAUGUGGUGGGUCAUCGCGUUUAUACGCGGAGACCUCUACCGGGCCCACGAUGAUAAGUACACACCGUGCGUAGCCAACGUGUAUAACUUUCCAUCAGCCUUUCUGUUCUUCAUCGAAACCGAGGCCACUAUCGGCUACGGUUACCGAUACAUUACCGAUAAAUGUCCGGAGGGCAUCAUUCUGUUCCUCUUCCAGUCGAUUCUGGGAUCUAUAGUGGACGCUUUUCUCAUUGGUUGCAUGUUCAUCAAGAUGUCCCAGCCGAAGAAACGGGCGGAGACGCUGAUGUUCAGCGAGCACGCCGCUAUUUCCAUGCGUGACGGCAAAAUGACCCUUAUGUUCCGAGUGGGCAACCUGCGCAACAGCCAUAUGGUUUCCGCGCAAAUACGCUGCAAACUACUCAAAUCCCGUCAGACUCCCGAAGGAGAGUUUUUGCCUUUGGAUCAGCUCGAGUUGGACGUCGGGUUCAGCACUGGAGCUGACCAGCUUUUUUUAGUUUCUCCUCUGACCAUCUGCCAUGUGAUCGACUCCAAAAGCCCAUUUUAUGAUCUCUCGCUCAGGUCCAUGCAAACAGAGCAGUUUGAGAUUGUGGUUAUCUUAGAGGGGAUCGUGGAGACCACCGGUAUGACAUGCCAAGCUCGUACCUCGUACACAGAAGACGAGGUUCUGUGGGGUCACCGUUUCUUCCCAGUUAUUUCUCUGGAGGAGGGCUUCUUCAAGGUCGACUAUUCGCAAUUCCACGGCACUUUCGAGGUUCCCACACCUCCACUUAGUGUUAAGGAACAGGAGGAAAGCUUGCUCCUGUCCUCCCCUCUGACAGCCCCCUCCCUCUGCCACAGCGCAGGCGGGGUCACCGAAGGCAGUGGCACACUGGAGGGUCUGGAACUUCAGAGCGAGGCGGAAACUGCCUCUAUUAAUAUGGCAACCCCCAUGCCUGCCAAACUUCAAAAGCUAACGGGGCGCGAUAUGCCCAUUCGGGACGGAAUGCCUCGCAAGCUUCUGCGCAUGAGCUCGGAGAUCACCUACAACCUGGGGGACCUGCCCGUCAAACUCCAGCGAAUCAGCUCAGCGCCGGGCGUGGCAGAAGAGAGGCUUCAUUCAAUCAGUUCUGUACUUGGUCCCAUGGAGGACAGGCUGGCUCCCAAGCUGGGCUUGGUGGGCGGGGCUGAACAUAUCAGCCAAUCAGUGACAGAUCUACCCCCAAAACUACAGAGGUUGGCUGGAGGCGUCGGUGUGGGUGGAGUCGGAAUCGGAGGAAGAAUGGAUGGUCACCUGCCUCCAAAACUUAGAAAAAUGAAUUCGGAGAGGUUCACGGGGUUAAGUUUAAAAUGAACUGACUUUUAUAUACAAUAUAUACACACAUACAUACAUACAUACAUAAAAGUUUUUCAUUUACCUCUUUGAAAUUGCAAUUCUGUAAAAUGGACAAUCUAUACUUAUAGCAAUUUAUAUAUGAUUCAAAUAUUAGAUUAAUGCUAAUCCUCUGCACAAUAUGGCAUGUUUUUACCGUAAAUAGCAUGAAUGGAGAAAUCAUUUUAAACACCUUAUUACAGGUAAUAGAUAUUAGCACAUUAUAUUAGCCUAAGGCCAAACAUCUUUUGAGGGCUUAACCUGCAUUAUGUAUAUCCUAAAACAGAAUAUCAGUAUGAUUUUCAGAGAUGAAUGCCAGCGUUACCUGAUAAUCCAUACUAAUUUAUACUUCAUAAAAAGCCAAUGGCUGUAGGCCUGGAUUAGCCAUGAAUCGUUUUUUGUUUUGUUUGAUUCGUUUCGUUUUUUCAGUGGAUUGAUUGUCGUGGUUCACAAUGGCAAAUUGAAAGAUUCAUUUUCUGAUCUUAAGACAGGGAAUGGGCGCUGUGCAUUUGUAAUUGUGAAUUUUUGGAAGAACUGACUCAGGUUUUGUUUCGUUUUUAUUCUAUUGCAUGAUCUAUCGUUUCAUGAUAAAGCCAGAUUGAAGAUUAAGCCUUAAACAUAAGGUGCCAAUUGUAAAAUACUGUAAAAUACCAAACAAGACAACAAGCAUUUCGAAAAGGAAUAUUAAUAUGUGCAGUUCUCUAUUUAAAGCUUUUCCUUUUCCCAAUGAAAGCCUUUGGGUUCGCGCAGUAUUUCACAUUUGGCCCCUGUAUUUUACUGAGUUUGUAUAUGAUGUUUUGUCAAUGAUUGUUUUCUUGCUGUUCUCCGUUUAGCAGUUUAAACUUUAUCUGACCUGAAUGACUUGAGUAUUGUGAACAGAUGGGAAGCGUGGGAAAAAACCCACCAGUAAAGAGCACAAUAGCUGUGUACAUCUGUUUUAAUAUAUUUAUAGAUAAGAACUUGUCAGCAUCGUUACGGCUUUGUUUAACUCUUGUGUUUGGAAAACCGAAGCAAUAAGCGAAACUUCAAAAUUUCUUACUUACGCAUUUGGCAGCGCUUUUAUCCAAAGCGACUUACAGUGCAUUACAAGCUAUACCGUUUUUUUUUUUUAUUAACUUGUGUUCCCUGAAACCAUGACCUAUUGCGCUGCAAACGCUAUGCUCUACCACUAAGCUAUACAGGAGCAGUCAAAAAUGUCUGAUUUGAAAAAUCACAUGCGUUAAAGUUAAGUGGUUUACAGUUUUCUAACUGUGUUUAUAUCAAUACAUACUAUUCUACUUCUGACGAAAAGGUAUAAUGCCGAUUGGAGUGGUUUCUAAUGCUGUAAUAAAUGUGUCGUGAUGUGUAAUAUGUCUAUUAUAAUAGGAAGCUUGAAAGACAAGCCUCCAGCUGAAGCCAUCACCACAAAUUCAAUCUGAGUUCCAGGUGGACUUGCCCAUGUUUAAGGCAUUUAUGCUCAUUAGUAUUGGCAGAGGUCUUCCCCAGAAAUAAAGCAGUUUGAUCUGGUUUGA